AGGAUGCUGAGGAGGGAGAGGCAGGGAGAGAUACGGUAAUGCGGUGACACAUGGCUGCCUGCCUGUGCGCUUAGACUGCGGCUCCCACUUCUGUCCACUCACCGGAAAACAGGGGAGGCUGGACACUGGGAUGCUGAGAGACGCUGCUCGGAGGCUGGAGGCUGCCGCAACCGAAGACCCUGCACACUGCUGAUCGGAUAGCCUGCUGAGCUCUUUGCGUGCUGGGACAUUUGGCCCCGGCGAGCCGCCGUAGCGAUUGGAGAUAACAUGUCCAAGCGACUGAAGCUGAUCUCGGCUACAGAGGCAGAGAUGGAGGAGCGCUCUUUUUCAAACCCAUAUCCUGACUGGGACCAAGGAGUCGUCACCUCCAACUCCGGAGCGGAUGUAGUUUGCGAUGACCCGUCUGAUGGAGAAGGAAAUGUUAGCGCAGCCUUUCAGAAGAAGGUCCAGAGUAAAAUCAAAGAUCUCCUCCAGCAGAUGGAGGAGGGCCUAAAGACAGCUGACCCCCAUGACUUCUCCACCUACACCGGUUGGACAGGCAUUGCAUUGCUGUACCUUCAGCUGCACCGGGUCUCACAUGAGGCGUCCCACCUGCAAAGGGCCCUCGACUACGUCAAGAGGAGCAUGAGGAUCCUGAAUGGGCGCAAAGUGACAUUUCUGUGUGGUGAUGCAGGGCCACUGGCAGUGGGUGCAGUGGUACACCACAAACUGAAUAACACGACUGACAGCAAAGACUGUCUGUCCAGGCUCCUCCAGCUGCAGCGGUCGGUGCUGAGUCCAGACUCUGAGAUGCCCGAUGAGCUGCUGUACGGUCGGGCCGGCUACCUUUAUGCUUUGCUCUACGUUAACAAAGAGAUAGGAGCUGACACCGUGGAUGAGAGCACCGUUACAAAGGUGGUCACAGCCAUCGUGGAAUCUGGUAAGAACCUGUCAGCAGAGCAGAAGAAGACCGAUCGCUGCCCACUCCUCUAUGAGUGGCACAAGAAGCAGUACAUCGGUGCUGCCCACGGCCUGGCUGGUAUCUAUUACAUGCUAAUCCAGCCUGGAGCAAAAGUCCAUCCAGAUAUUCUGUCAGAGCUGGUUCGCCCCAGCAUCGACUACGUCCGCCACAAGAGGUUUCGUUCGGGAAACUUCCCGUCAUCCCUGAGCAAUGAGAGUGACCGGCUAGUCCACUGGUGCCAUGGAGCACCUGGUGUUAUCCAUAUGCUUAUCAUGGCCCAUAAGGUGUUUAAAGAGGAAAAGUACCUGAAGGAGGCUGUAGAUUGCGCUGAAGUGAUAUGGCAGCGAGGACUGCUCAGAAAAGGCUACGGUAUCUGCCAUGGCACUGCUGGCAAUGGCUACGCCUUCCUCUCCCUCUACAAGCUCACCAAGGAGGAGAAAUACCUGCACCGCGCCUGCAGGUUUGCUGAGUGGUGUUUGGACUACGGGACGCAUGGGUGUCGUAUCCCAGACAGACCAUACUCGCUUUUUGAAGGUAUGGCAGGAACCAUCCACUAUCUGUCGGAGAUGGCAAACCCUGAAGCUUCCUGUUUCCCUGCCUUUGAAUUUUGACCUGGCAGCCAAUGUGACUGAGGAUGAUGGAGAGACGCAGGAACGCUGUCAGAACUCUUCUGUCCUGUGCUGAGAAAAACACGUGGACCCCAUGGCUCCUCAUCAACACAGUAUAUUGCCAGCAGGCAUGGACACAGGAGCACACCCCAAGCACUCAGCCUUUAAUAUUGUAGCACUUAGGCCAAGAGAGCAGGUGUGUGUGUGUGUGUAUGUGAAAAAGUGUACGUGUCAAAUGAACUAAAGCUUUCUAUGCCUAUGCAUGCUCACUGUUAUCGGCUAUUGGUGCCUCAUUGUGUGUCAGUGUAGUAGUUCUUCUUCCUGUAUUUAGAUGUGCUGUUUGAGUUCUUCGGGUAUUGAUCACAUAGCAGGCAUUAUGUGUCUUUGUCAUCUUUCAUUUUAUUAACAAGUAUAAAGUAGCUCAUUGUUCUCAAGCUGACCACUUUAUGAGCUGUAAGUCACACUGUGCUGAUGGAGCUAGCAUAGGUGCAUCAUCUUUUUUCUGGUUUCUCCACAUGCUAGCUUUAGCUAAAUCUGACAUGCUAGCUUCAGCUACAUAUCAUCACAAAAGUAGAAAAAGGUGUUGAGUGCACUCUGAGGCCUGAGUCUCUGGGCCACAGGAAUUGCUUAAUAUAAACUCACUUCAAUUUAUUGUUUUCCUUAACAUAUAUGUCAGAAAAAAGUAAUGUAAGCUCCUCCCUUUAUCAUUCAAGUCAUUGAUUGCUUAGCUUUUUUUUCUUCAGAUCUGCCAGCUCACAGUUGUUCAGGUCAUGGUUUGUGUGGUACCAACAUGGAGUUAUACUGAUACCUUUACACUUCAUCCACUGAUCCCGACAGCACACGAAUGCACAUAAAUGCCUAAUUCUUUUGCAGAGAUCUGGUGAUGAAUGUCAUUGCAUGAGGAUAAUGUGACUUGUAAAAAAUGUGUAUGUUAAUCUGUCGGUGUGUUUCCAUGCUCCAGUGUGUGGGGUUGUGAUGUGUGUCCUGAAGACACUGGACAUGAUGAGAGAGAUACCAAGUUUUUGACCUGUAUUACUGUUUUUGUGAUUGAUUUGCCCUCAGACUUCAUAUGAGUGUGUGUGCUUAUUUUUCCUCAUUAAACUCCUGGGCUUCAGCAACAUUACAGCAACAAGAAAAAUGUCUUUAAUGUUCUUAAUCUGCUUUAAAUCAGUGCUUACACAGUGGCAGAAAUCACACAGGGUUUGGUUUUGUUUAAAAUAAAGCUGAAUAAAACUUGUGUA